CCCUCUUCCCGGCUCCAGCUCGGCCACCAGCUCCGGCUUUGGCUCCCCCUUCCAGGGCCCCCUCCGCCGAGCGGAGCCCACCCGAGGGUCCCUCUCCCGCCCCCCAGCCCGGUCGCCCGGCCCGAGCAGCAGCCCCGGGGGGCAGCCCCCCGCCAGCCCGCCUCCCUGCAGCUCAGCCCUGCCAGAGCGCCCCCAGCCAUGAAUCUCUUCCGAUUCCUGGGAGACCUCUCCCACCUCCUAGCCAUCAUCUUGCUUUUGCUCAAAAUCUGGAAGUCUCGCUCUUGUGCCGGGAUUUCCGGCAAGAGCCAGGUCCUGUUUGCUGUGGUGUUCACUGCCCGCUACCUGGACCUCUUCACCAACUACAUCUCACUCUACAACACGUGCAUGAAGGUGGUCUACAUAGCUUGCUCCUUCACCACAGUCUGGAUGAUUUACAGCAAGUUCAAAGCCACGUACGACGGCAACCACGACACCUUCCGGGUGGAGUUCCUCGUCGUGCCCACGGCCGUCCUGGCGUUCCUGGUGAACCAUGAUUUCACCCCCCUGGAGAUCCUCUGGACCUUCUCCAUCUACCUGGAGUCGGUAGCCAUCUUGCCGCAGCUGUUCAUGGUGAGCAAGACGGGUGAGGCGGAGACCAUCACCAGCCACUACCUGUUCGCGCUGGGCGUCUACCGCACGCUCUAUCUCUUCAACUGGAUCUGGCGCUACCACUUCGAGGGCUUCUUCGACCUCAUCGCCAUCGUGGCCGGCCUGGUCCAGACGGUUCUCUACUGCGAUUUCUUCUACCUCUACGUCACCAAAGUCCUGAAGGGGAAGAAGCUGAGCUUGCCGGCAUAGCCCCGGCCCUGACGGCGGCGGGCGGCGGAGGAAGCUGACGGGAACAGCCUUCCCAUCCGGCUGAUUUUUAACAACAGCUUCUCCCCGCUCCCCAUCCCCCUCCUGCCGGGUUUGUUUUGGGGGGCGGUGGGCGGUGGAGGACCCAAGUCUUGGGGAGCUCAGGACCUGGGAUAUUUGUAGUUUUUUGCCUUUUAGAAAAGAAAAAAAAAAUCUUUCCACUAUUUAGUUUUGGAUCCUGAAGACUCUUUUCUCUUCCGCGCUCUGGCCCCGGUUUUUAUAAACUGUUUUUGGGUAUCCUUUGGGGGCCGGGACAGCGUCACAGAUCUCCCCCGCCCUCAACCCCACUGGCUGCCAAACGCUAAAUCUGCCACCCCCACCCUGCUGCCCACCGAGGCCGCCAACACAGCCCCUACCCCACGGCCCCCGAUUCCUGGGGGAGGGGAGGGAGGGCGUGGGGGCCCAGGAUGGUCUCCCUGAUGUUUUCAUGAUAAUUUUUUUGCAGAGUUUGGGUUUUUUGAUCUUAUCCUGGUUUCUUUUUUUUUUUUUUUUUU